AUCGGAACGUUACCGUAUAGUUUCUUCCGUUUGGCUGCAGGAUGCCGGCGGUAGACUAUUCUUUGAAGGUGAUCAAACCAAAUAUUGGUGGAGGGAGAGUCUCCGGCAGCGGCGAAAAGCUCACAUCAUCGUUCGAUCUUGUCGAAGAGAUGCAUUUUUUAUUCUUGAGAGUGGUGAAAGCAAGAGAUUUGGCAUGCAACAAUGCCGGUGGCACUCGUUACCCAUUUGUUGAAAUAAAAAUAGGAAACUACAAGGGAACCACCAAGUAUUUCGAGAGUAGUAAACCAAACCCGGAAUGGAACCAAGUGUUCACCUUCGAAAAAGUUCGUAUUCAGUCCUUAUCCGUGGAGAUCACCAUGAGAAAAAAGGAGUCCGUAAACGACGAGUUCAUCGGUAAGAUUGCGUUUAAAAUGUCUGAUAUUCCCACUCGAGUUCCACCCGAUAGUCCACUAGCCCCACAGUGGUAUAAAUUGGAGGACAAAGACAUGGCCAAUGGCAGUUCGGUAGGAGAGUUGAUGUUGGCUCUUUGGUUUGGGACACAAGCCGAUGAGGUGUUCCCCGAUGCAUGGCAUUCGGAUGUAGCCCCCGUUAGUGGUGACAGCAUUAUGAAUACUCUUUCCAAGGUCUAUAUUUCACCUAGGCUUUGGUAUCUUAGAGUAAAUAUAAUUGAAGCACAGGAUUUGGUUCUGCCCAGUGACAGGAACAGGAUCACUGACGUUUAUGUCAAGGCAAGUCUCGGGGAUAUGAAGUUGAGGACUAAAGUUUCGGCGGACAAGUCUCUGAACCCGAGAUGGAACGAAGAUUUAAUGUUUGUUGCUGCAGAGCCCUUCUAUGAUCCUCUGAUUUUGACUGUGCUAGAAAAAAACAAUGACGACGAAAUUAGCCUUGGAAGCUGUGUGAUUCAUCUAUCCAAGGUCUACAUAAGGUGGCGGCCUGAACCGGUGGGUGCGAAAUGGUACAAUCUCGGAAACGUUGGUGUAGAGGUGGAAGAGCUAAAGUUUUCUAGUAAGCUUAACAUGAGAAUAUCAUUGGAUGGUGGCUAUCAUGUUUUCGAUGAACCAGUCAACUUCAUUAGUGAUUACAGAGCAACGUUUAAAGGGUUGUGGCCACCAGCAAUUGGGGUGCUGGAGUUGGGGAUUAUAAGUGCCAGUGGUUUGGUUCCAAUGAAGUCAAGGGAUGGUAAAGAAACUACUGAUGCUUAUUGUGUGGCCAAAUUUGGGCCAAAGUGGGUACGAACAAGAACAGCCGUUGACAGCUUUUCUCCUAAAUGGAACGAGCAAUACACUUGGGAGGUAUACGAUCCGUAUACGGUCCUUCUUAUUGGAAUUUUUUAUAACUGUCACCUCAAUGGAGAGAAGGGUCCAACUCCGAAGGACCCGAGUAUCGGGAAGCUAAGAAUCCGAUUGUCCACCCUGUCAACUAAUCGAAUUUAUGCCUAUUCUUAUCCUCUCAUAGUACUGCAACCAAGUGGUGUGAAAAAGAUGGGUGAAAUUCAGUUGGCCCUAAGAUUUACAUGCCCGUCUCAUACAAGUUUACUGGCAACUUAUGCACGACCUCUGUUUCCCAAGAUGCACUACAUUCACCCGUUGUCGGUACCUCAGCUCGACAGUUUAAGGCAACAAGCCGUCAGCAUUGUGUCCCAAAGGUUGAGCCGUGCUGAUCCACCGUUAAGGAAAGAGGUUGUAGAGUGCAUGUUGGAUGCCGGUCACCGACUAUGGAGUCCCCGAAGGGCCAAGGCCAACAUUCAAAGACUAAUGGAGGCAAUCCAUUUAGUCACGGAGGCAAGGAAAUUGUUUGAUAAGAUAAAGAAGUGGAACAAUCCUAUUGCAAAUGUUUUAGUCAUAGUAUUAUAUUCAACCGUGGUGUUUAAUCCAAAUUUGGUAAUGCCUACGUUGCUGGCCUACUGCUUUCUAAUCGGGAUUUGGCGAUACUGUAAGCGGCCACGUGAUCCAACCCACGUCGACAUCAAACUAUCACUCGCAGAUUCAACGAAUGCCGACGAGUGGGACGAAGAGUUCGACACAUUCCCGUCUUCGAAACAAGGUGACGUACUGAGAAUGAGAUACGAUCGAUUGCGAAGCAUAGCCGGGAAGGUUGUGGUUAUGGUGGGGGAGUUGGCAACGCAAGGGGAGAGGUUGAACGCUCUGUGGAGCUGGCAGGACCGGGUGGCUAGUGCUAUAUUUCUAGCGUUUUGUGUGACGGUUGGCGUUAUUGUUUUGAGCGGGAUUGUUCCACCGAGGUGCGUCCUUGUUUUGGUGGGGUUAUAUGUGAUGAGACCGCCAAGAUUCGGCGUUGAUAUUCCUAGCGCACCGGAGAACAUCUUCAGGAGGUUGCCCACCAAAACGGAUUGCAUGUUAUGA